AUGAGCUUCUCACAGCCUCGGGAUAUUAUCCUCAAGCGUGAAGAUGGAAGCCUAUAUCUGUCGUCACGAGGAGCCCAAGGUUUGGUUACUAGUGUUGUUUUCACAUCACUGGCGACUUGCUUCGUUGGAAUCCGCAUCUUUACUCGGCUCAAGUUUCUGAGGCGCUUGGAAGCCAAUGACUGGAUGGUUGUGAUUGCUUUGAUCAAUUCGUUCAUUUUUAUGGGACUAGACAUCGUCGAGGCCACCAGUGGAAUGGGAAUGCAUCUGAAAGAUAUCCCGCCUAAAAUUCUUGAAAGGCAGAUGAAGGCUUUCUGGCUCACCGUCCCAUUCUACAAUGCUGCCGUUCUCUGUGCAAAAGCCUCGAUUCUUAUGCAGUACUUCCGCGUUUUCCCCACCCGUCGCAUGCGCAUCGUCUGCUGGACUAUGAUCACAAUUCUCAGUAUCUACGGUAUUUGGUGUAUCAUAAGUGCUUUCUUGAACUGCAUUCCUGUAGCUAAGUUUUGGGACGACUCUAUUCCCGGCUUUUGCUUGAGCAAACCUGCGCUCUGGUUCUCGAAUGCCAGUAUGCAUAUUACUACCGACCUUGCCAUCCUUAUUAUUCCAAUCCCAGCUUUGAUUGCUAUUGAUAUCCCAAAGAAGCAAAAGAUUGUUUUGAUGAUAAUGUUUGCCCUUGGUGGGUUUGUUUGCAUUACCAGUAUCAUUCGCCUUGUAAGCUUGAAGAAAAUCGCAGAUUCGACUGACCCAACUUAUGAUAAUGUGGGUGCAGCAUCAUGGUCUGCCAUUGAAUGUAAUACUGGUAUUAUUUGUGCUUGCCUACCAACUCUUAAGCCGCUUGUUUCCAAAAUAUUGCCUGGGUUAGUUUCUACAUUCAGCAACCGACGCACAUACGGCAGUGGUGGUGGCAAUGAUGGUAGCCGUGGUGCGUCGAACGCACGCUCAGUCACCUGGAACGAUGAAUCCACACUUGGAGCCCCGGGCGAUGACCCUGAAUAUGGUGCUGGCCAGCCUGAACGGAUUCUGGAGCUCGGCUCUGGAGGCGAUUUUAGUCACGGCUACCAGGUCAAAAAGAAUUGUAUUGCCGAUGCUACAUCUGUCAUGGAACUGCCGCAGUACGCUCAGCACCAACGAACUGUGUCGAAGAAGUCAUUCUCGACUGAGAAAUAA